AUGAAGCUUAUUUGUCUGACUGUGUUUGUGCUCAAUUCCUUCUCUCCCACAGCGACCCAUCUCCAGCUGGUGAAUGGAAGGCACAGAUGUGAGGGUCGCGUUGAGCUCUAUUACAACGGCCAGUGGGGGACAGUUUGUGACGAUUACUGGGACCUUUCUGAUGCCCAGGUUGUGUGCAGGCAGCUGGGAUGUGGCCCGGCCAUUGCAGCUCCAGGACACGCUUACUUUGGGCAAGGUUCAGGCAGCAUCCUGCUGGACAAUGUGGAUUGUGUGGGGAACGAGGUCUCCUUGUCGGAUUGUACUCACCGCGGGUGGAGGAUACACAACUGUGCCCACUACGAAGAUGCUGGCGUUGUCUGUUCAGGAGAUCAUUCUGCCCCUCCAGUUCCUCCUAUUUCUUAGACUUCGCCAUAUUUUUGUGGUGGCUUAGUCUCAAACUCCUCUGGGAUGUUGCAGAGCCCCUUCUACCCUGGAAGUUAUCCAAACAACGCUGACUGCGUGUGGGAAAUACAAGUGGAGAACAAUUUCCGUGUUAUGCUCACAUUUAGAGAUAUUGCGAUGCAAAUGGGCAGAUGCCAGUAUGACUACGUUGAAGUCUAUGAUGGGCCUCCACACUCUUCCCCACUGCUUGGAAGACUUUGUUCUGGUUCCUUUCCCACAUACACAUCUUCUUCAAACAUGAUGAGCGUUCGCUUUCACAGUGAUUCCAGAUACACCUUCAGAGGGUUUCAGGCUCACUACUCCUCCAUUCCAGCAGAUCACAACACGACCCUUCAGUGCUUGCCUGACUACAUGCAUGCGGUGAUUAGCAGAGACUAUCUCCAGUCUCAAGGCUACUCAGCACAGAUGGUCACCCUGAACGACAACCGCUGUACACCAACAGUCACAUCACGUGAGGUCAUAUUCAACAUUCCCUACAACGGCUGUGGGACGAUACGAGAGCAGAACGAUGAUACAAUCAACUAUUCCAACAUGAUCAAAGUUACAUCUUCUGAGCGCAUAAUCAAGAGGAAAAAGGAUAUUCACUUACGUAUUAGUUGCAAAAUGCUACAGGACACAUGGAUGCAAAUAAUGUAUGUUGCUGAGAACACUGUAGAUGUGAAUGAAAAUCAGUUUGGAAGAUACGACACACGCAUCGGUUUUUAUGAUUCCUCAUCGUUCUCCCGGCAAGUGCACGACUCUCCAUACUACGUUGACUUGAACCAAAAUGUGUACGUUCAAGCUUCUCUUCACAACUCUGACCAAAAUCUGACCAUCUUUGUGGACACUUGUGUGGCAUCACCUGAUCCUCGUGAUUUUAGCACUGUGACCUAUGACUUAAUCAGGAAUGGGUGUGUUAGAGAUUCUUCCUGUGCUACGUACUCCUCCCCCUACAGCCACUUUGCUCGGUUCAAAUUUAAUGCCUUCAAGUUCAUCAGCCGCCACCCGUCGGUCUACCUGCGGUGUCAGCUGGUGGUCUGCAGGCUGAGGGACUACUCCUCCCGCUGCUACCGGGGCUGCCUCAACAGGUCCAAGAGAGACACAAGUUCUGCUGACGAAAAAGUGGAUGUGGUGGUCGGGCCACUGAAGCUUCGAGAAGGGAGCAGGAAUGCUGGUAAAGUCACAUAA